AUGGCUGGUUCGAUUGAAAACAUGGCAGCAAUUUAUAAGAAGAAUUAUACGUACGUUCCUCCGACACCGCCUGCAGAACUGAUUGAUUCUACGUCAUACACAUUUGACUUUGUCGCCCGUAAGUUCAUGCAUAUUGGCAUCGAUCCGACUGAAAAUUUCCAAGUCGCCGUUCAUUUAGUAACUUCAUCGCGGCAUGUCAAAAUAACACCGGAUUUUCUAAAACGUAUAUUUUCACUGAUGGGCAAUAUACUAUCAUUCGUUUUGGAGCAACCAGUAAAAUAUAAGCGUAUGUUAUUUUUGGAAACCAAACUUUAUAAACUAUCGAGUGUGAUGUACAGUGGUGAAAACGUACUAGUGAUAGAAUCAAAAACUCAUGAAGGGUGCAGAAUACUAUUGAAUCGAGUGGACCUUAUCCAACUUCAAUAUUUGGAAUGGUGCAUAUUUGAAACAGUCGUUCGAAAAUCAAUUAUAACACAACCAGCUGUCUCAAAGCAAUUUGAAAUGUUUUUAAACUAUAUCAAUGUAGAAUUUUUCAAAGUUGAUUCACCACCGAAAACACCUGAAGAAAUGAUCGCAUUUAUCAAAACUUUACACGACGAAAGUGUAAUUUCAAAAAUUCCAAAAAAUGAUGUCAAUCUCAUCAGUCAACUCAAAAUGUAUGCUUAAUCCCAUUUAGCUGAACAAUGGGCGCAACGAUGGAAUGGAGAAUUGUCACCAGAAUUAUUCACCGAAUCUGAAAUGAGGCUCAUUUCACCCCCGAGAUAUUCGAGUAUGUCUCCAAUGCACGAAGACCUUUCACAAGCAAGGGUAGCUGACGAGGAACGUGGUAUCGAUGAAUUUUUAACACAGGCAACAUGGGCACCAGCUCGGAAAACAAAACCAUUGCCUAUUGAUGAUUCUGGCAGUCUACCGACGACGAUCAUAGACCCUCUUCCCGUAUCGUUUGAUUCAAACAAUUUUGCACAGCCCCCUCCGUGGUAUACAGCGCCGCAAUAUAUUGAAUCUUCACCAACGAGCCCCGCAGUUGAUGAGAACGACGGUCCGACGUCUUUCAACCACUCGCCAUCUAUUCUCGACUUCACAGGCGGCGAGCCCACGAAAAAAUUAAAUAAGCGGAACGCUAAACGCAAACUGUUUGAAUAA